AUGAUCUUUUCAAUGCUAUCGCUCUCUAACAAGGACGAGGUGACCCUCUUCUCAACACCGAGUAUAACUCCCUCGCUGGUACAGAUUCCAAUGGCUGUGGAUCCCAAUUUGAUGGCCUCCAGGGAAUACUCCACUUGGAAAAGCCGACCUUCGGGAGAAAAGGUCGACACACCCCUAUCGUACUCGCUUCUAGUUAAAAACAUGCUACAACAAUAUUUGGAUGGCAAAAUUAUGUUCAAUUUGAAAAAGACACACCUGGCACCACAUAUAAGAAUUAAAAAGGUACUGGCCAAGGAGUAG